GCCGUUAGGCGCGUGCCCGAUGAGGGGGUCUUGCUGGGGAGCGCUGCCACCGCCGCCGCUCCGCGGUACCGCCGUGCCCGAGCGUCCGCCCGGCCGCGCCGCGUAACGCGGGCAGCGGUCCUUUCUGUGAGGGCGGGUUACGGGCCCGGGUCGCAGCUCGCCGCUGCGCAGAGCGGGCGGUAACGGGGGAGCAGGAAACCCCCAUGCUUCAGAACGGGGAGGAGGCUGCUUCCCAGUACUCGAGUAAGGAUGCCUUAAGAAGAUAACUAGAUAACUAUGGAUAAAUAUAUUAAAGUGCGAAAGAUUGGAGAAGGAUCCUUUGGGAAAGCAAUUCUUGUUAAAGCUAAAGAAAAUGGCCAACAGUAUGUUAUUAAAGAAAUCAACAUAUCUAAGAUGUCAAAUAAAGAGAGAGAAGAAUCAAGAAGAGAAGUUGCUGUAUUGGCUAACAUGAAACAUCCGAAUAUUGUCCUGUAUAGGGAGUCAUUUGAAGAAAAUGGCUGUCUUUACAUAGUGAUGGAUUACUGUGAAGGAGGAGACCUAUUUAAAAAAAUCAAUGCCCAGAAAGGAAUCUUGUUCUCUGAAGAUCAGAUUCUGGAUUGGUUUGUACAAAUCUGUUUAGCGCUAAAACACAUACAUGAUAGAAAAAUCUUGCAUCGGGAUAUAAAGUCACAGAAUAUAUUUUUAACCAAAGAUGGAACAAUACAGCUGGGAGAUUUUGGGAUCGCCAGAGUUCUUAACAGUACUGCUGAGUUGGCUCGCACUUGCAUAGGAACACCAUACUAUUUAUCACCUGAAAUAUGUCAAAACAAACCUUACAACAAUAAAAGUGACAUCUGGGCUCUUGGUUGUGUUCUCUAUGAAAUGUGCACACUUAAACAUGCGUUUGAAGCUGGUAACAUGAAGAACUUGGUACUGAAGAUAAUCUCUGGACCUUUCCCUCCUGUUUCUAUGCAUUACUCCUAUGAUCUACGUAAUCUGUUGUCACAGUUAUUUAAAAGGAAUCCUAGGAAUAGACCAUCAGUAAACUCCAUAUUGGAGAAAAAUUUUAUAGCCAAACGGGUUGAAAAAUUUCUCACACCACAGCUUAUUGCAGAAGAAUUCAAUCACAAAAUCUUCCAGAAGUUUGGACCGCAUGCCGCACCAGCUAAAAGACUGGCUCAAGAACAAUUACUGACUUCAGUCGCACCAGCUCAGAAAAUUACCAAACCUGCUGCAAAAUAUGGAGUGCCUUUAGCGAUCAGGAAGUCUUGUGAUGCACCUAAAAAGCCUAAUGAAAAGAGGCCAUUGGCUAAAUCUAGGCAGGAACUUUCAAAAAAGAAAAGAUUAGAAUUGCCUGAAAAAGAAAAACGCCAGAGAGAUCAGAUCAGUUUACUGAAGGCGGAUGAAAUGAGAAGAUUGGAAAAAGAAAGGAUGGAACGAAUAAACAGAGCCAGGGAACAAGGAUGGAGGAAUGUGCUUGGUUCAGGUGGAAGUGGUGAUGUUAAGGCACCAUAUUAUGGCGGUGGAGGUGGUGUUAGCCCUUUUCCUGUGUCUUCCAGAGGACCAUAUGAACACUAUCAUGCUAUUUUUGACCAGAUGCAACAGCAGAAGGAGAACAUUAGAGUAGCUGAAGAGAGGGAAGCCAGAUUGAGGGCAAAAGUACAAGGCCGAGAAGUUUCUGAAAGAGGAAUUCCACCUGGAGUACGUCCAGGAGUUCCUAAAGGACCUGCAGGUCAUCACCAUUUACCUGAUGCUGGUGCAAUUAGGAAAAAAGUGAAAAGAUUGAAGGAAGUAUCUAAACAAGGCAAUGCAAACAGGCAAAAAGGAUGGAUAGCUGCAGAUAGAGCAAAGCAAGUGGAAGAAUUCUGGCAACGAAAGAGAGAAGCCAUGGAAAACAAAGCUCGAGCUGAGGGACACAUGGGUACACUGCAAAACAUGGCAGAUAUCUAUGGAGGCAGGUCCAUUUCUGCAAGAGGAAGGAAAUCCAGAAACAAGGAGGAAGAGGAAUAUUUGGCUAGAUUAAGACAGAUCCGACUACAAAACUUUAAUGAACGUCAGCAGAUUAGAGCAAAACUUCGUGGAGAAAAGAAUGAUGCUGCCAGUUCUGAUGGACAAGAAUCAAGUGAGGAAGCAGAACUGAAACGCAAAAAGAUAGAAGCGCAGAAGGCCCAAGCAAAUGCCCGAGCUGCAGUUCUGAAAGAACAGUUAGAGCGAAAGAGAAAGGAAGCAUAUGAAAGAGAGAAAAGAGCCUGGGAAGAACAUCUGAUAGCGAAAGGGGUAAAGAGUCCUAAUGUGCCUUUUCAUGUGGGAGCUACAGAACACAGUCCUGUGCAUGGACUACAGGAGCUUGGAGCAGCUCUUCCUAAGCCACAACUUCCAGUGAAGCCCAGUACACCAGUCAUCUCAAUGACUUCUGCUUUGAAGGAAGUGGGUGUGGAUGAAAAUGUAAUGGCUAUCCAGGAAGCUGAGGAAGAAAUCAAAAAGGCAGAUUUUGCAAUUCAAAAUAAACGAGAAAUACUGAGAAGAUUAAAUCAAAAUCUUAAAGCUCAAGAAGAUGAGAAAGGAAAAAAGGAGUGUAAAAAUACCUCUGAAUCAGCUGGGUCUGAAGCUGGUAAGGAACAAAAAGAAGGUGACCAUGCACUUCUAGGAGAUCGCAAAAAAUGGGAACCUGAGCCAUCGGAGUUGGUAGUUCCUUUAACUCAGCUAUCAAUGGAAGAUUCUCUCUCUGGAACAGAUCGUCAAACUCUGGGAGAAGUACUUAAGUUAGAUAUUGGUGAACCCCACAGGAAAGUCUGGGGCAAAAGCCCUACUGAUUCUGUCCUGAAGAUCCUAGGAGAAGCAGAGUUGCAGCUGCAAACCGACUUACUUGAGGAACUAGAUGUAAUAAAUGGUGCUGCAGAACUUGUUGAAGGAGGUCACCAGUCCUUAAUUGUAAAACAGGAGAAGGAACAAGAAGCUUUUCCUCCUGUUGAAGCUCAGUCUUCAGUACCAGUUGGUGUCACAGUGUCUGACAUGACUAUACCAGAAGAAUCUCAAAGAGCUGGACCUACCCAGGUGCAGAGCAAACCUAUUAUGCUGAAUGAGCUUGAUGAUUUGGAAACAGAGAUGUUGCAAGAAACAGAAGAAGAUAAAAAGCACCAGAGUAAGAAAUUUCCCAUCACUGUUAAUGAAGUAUGGGUAAAAGAGAAGGAGGAUGAGGCACAACAUGACAGAAGAAAUGAGGCAGCUUCUCAGAAACUAGUGCCUGACAAGGUGCAGCCACAAAAGGAAGCUCCAGAAGAAACUUGUUCCAGUGACUCUCUGCAACCUGAACCCUUAUUCCAGAGGGUAAUACAGCCCACAGCUGUACCAACAGCCUCACCGAUUCUGUCAGCUCAGUCUUCACAGGAGGAGCCUUUUGUACCUCGUUCACGUUCCAUAUCGCCAGCAAAAAGUAAAGGCAAAAGUUCAUUGUUGAUUGGACUUUCUACAGGGCUUUUUGAUGCGAAUGACCCAAAGAUGCUGAGAACAUGUUCUCUUCCGGAUCUUUACAAACUCUGUAGAACUUUAGUCGAUGUUCCCAGUGUAGCAGAUGUGCAGCAUCAACAUAAUCUUGAAAUAGAUGAUACGGAAGAUGAGCAAGCCAAAGAAGGACCCUCUGAUUCUGAGGAUACUAUGUUUGGGGAGGCAGAUACGGAUCUGCAGGAACUCCAGGCCUCAAUGGAACAACUGCUUAGAGAGCAGCCUACUGAGGAAUUCAGUGAAGAGGAGGAGUCUACUUUAAAGGCAAAUGUCAUCGAGUGCAUCACAAAUGGUACAGAGCCGGAUGAAGGAGAUGAAAAUAACCCCAGUAGUGAAAGUGCACUUAAUGAAGAAUGGCAGUCAGAUAAUAGUGAUGGUGAGAUUGCCAGUGAAUGCGAAGAAUGUGAUAGUAUCUUCAGCCAUUUGGAAGAGUUGAGAUAUAACCUGGAGCAGGAAAUAGGCUUUGAUAAAUUCAUUGAAGUUUAUGAGAAAAUAAAGGCUAUACAUGAAGAUGAAGAUGAAAAUAUCGAUAUUUGUUCCACCAUAGUUCAAACUAUUCUUGGAAACGAGCACAAACACCUGUAUGCCAAAAUACUUCACCUGGUGAUGGCAGACGGAGCCUACCAAGAAGAUAACGAUGAAUAAACCUGACUCAGGAAUUUCCUAAUGCUGAACUACGGAUCGGUGUUUGAAGUCUGCAUGACUGAAUAGCAAAUCAUAGUGGAGAAUGUAACAUGGGGCAGGAGAAGCAAGACUUCAGAAAAGAAUGUUGAUUGUAUGACAAACAGGAAAAACAUGCCUUUUAAAACUGCGAUAUCUAUACACUUCUCUUGUGUCUACUCAUGUGUGUUCAUUAACUAUCAUAUGCCCGUAAAUUAAAAACAAAUCAAAAACCAAAAAACCCACUCAAACCUGUUAUCUCUCAAACUCCAGAAGAAGCAUAGAGAGGAAUACCUGUAGAGAUUCUGAUACAAAACUGUAAAACAGAAUUUCUGCUGUAUCAGCAGUUGGCUGGUAGGGUUAAGCAAUUGGAAGGACUCCUGUGUUGUGGAAGUACAUCUACCUGUUCAUUUACAUACUUAAAAGAGCCUCUCUUUACAACUACAUAAAGAAAUUACUUCAUUUUAUUGACCGUUGUGGUUGUAUUUUAAUAGCAUCUUAAUCCUAGUGGUCCAGUUUGAGUAUUUCACUUUUUUCUUAAUAAAAAAAAUAUUGUAAUUUGAAGCAGAAGGCUUCUGUCACUUUUUAACCAGUGUCAUCUGAAAUAUCUCAAUGGUGUUUCUAAGCCAAGGCAAACAGGUACUUCAAUUGUCAUUGCAAUGUCUGGGUUUUUUGAGAUUGUAAGAUUCAUUUGGAGCUAGAAUUUUUUUUUUAAAUAUAUUUUUCCUCCCCUUCAUUGUCCCCUUCCCCAGCCCCUUUCCAAACUCCCAAGUAUUUAGCUCUUUUGAAUUUUGUAAUCUGGUCAAUGAUAAUAUGGUAUGCUGUUGAAAUGAAAGGGGUGGUUUUUUUCUAGUUGGUUUUUAAAUUCUUCCUGUUAAACUCAUGGUUCCAGUAGCCACCACAGGCAAUUAAAUAUUCCAGGCACAAGUACUUUGCAGCUUUUGGCUCAUGUUUUGUAGCUUGAUUUCCACUGCCCUGAAAGAAAAAACAGGUUUCUUCUGUCCGCACUUCCUUGUUCCUCCUGGUCAAAGCAGUACCAUGCAGGGCACUACAUCAGGUGUACUUUCCAAUCAUCAUCUCUUGAACAGCUUUACUGGCUUAGCCAUACAAUACGUUCCUUGGUACAAAUCUGAUGGACUGUCCAACUUCCAACUGCCCUCUUGGAGUAUAAGUUGGGUUUUUUUCAGCUACAGCCAGUCACAAUCUAAAACUGUCAAAAGUUACUUUUCCACAAAGUAAAAUAAAGUAUAUAUAUAUAUAUAUAUAUAUACAUGUAUUAUUUAGAACUGUCAAAAUAUGUACAUGAUUUUUGUAUAACUGUUUUAUGGUGUUGUUAUUAAAGUUUUGCCCACUGAAAA